GUUUUCUUUGAGGAAUCGCAGAAGAAUAUAGAGAUAAAUACUGCAUUAAUCCGGACUCUGUACUUUUCCAUCUUGAGACUACGUUCAUCAUUCUGGGACGAUACAAGAGGAAGAGACAAGAAAGAAUGUCUGGUCUUCCACCCAUUUCAAAAAUCCACCGCCUCAUCUACAGGCAUCCAAAGCUGUGCUUACUCUCACCCCAAUCCAUAUUUCAGCCGGCCGGGCUGCCCUCGCCGCGCCUUGUCCCUAUCCGCUUGAAAAGCAGCUCUAUAUUUAACAAGUGGACUGGAAGCUCAGACAAUGACCAUAGCAUCCAUCGGGCGCAAAGGAGAGAUGAAACGGAUCCUGAGGUCAAGGGGACUGCGGAAGGAAUAAGAGAAAGGGCACAGAGCUGGGGUAUUCGGGACAGGACUAAGUCGCAGGCUGUGACAGAAAGAGAAGGGUCGACGUUUGCCAAGAAAGCAAAGAAGGAACACCCCGAGGCACCAGAGCCGCUCGUCGGCGUGAAUGAUGAGAGGGGAAGGAAGGGUGAGUGAUUCAAGGAGUAUCUUUGGCAUCAUUUGGGGCUUUGAUUUUCUUUACAUCGUAUUCUG